CAAAUAUGUUAAAAUAAUAAUAAAAAAAAAGAGAAGCUAAUUUGUUAAGAAAUGAUCUCAUCUCUCUUUUUGCUUUCUCUCCCAUUUCAACAGAAAAUUCACUUCUACUUAUUAAUCCUCGCCUUAUCUCACAUCACGUUUUUUAUCAUUCUUUCUAUCUUUUGAUUUUCUGUUAAACCCCUCCUCUUAUUCUUCUUCUCACCAAGAAAAAGCAAUCAAUUUGUGGAGCAAAGCAACUCUCUUUUUUCUUUCAAAACCUAACCCAGCAACUACCACCAUUCCCUCUCUCAACCAACCUUUUCACAAUUUGGUUUGACCCUCUCCUUCAACCCAUCAAAGCAAAGUUGAAAAAGUGGGGAAUUUUCUGGGAGAUGAAGGGCGACGGUUGGACACAGAACUGAAUUGUUGCGGGGUUGACAUUAAUCUUUUGUGAUUUGAAUUGUAAUUGAAACCUGUGUGAGGAAAUUAUUGGUCGUUUGUUGGUUGGGUUAAAAUCUUUUCAUGGUGGUGUAAUUUACCCAUGUGUUUGGUUGAUGGGAAAUUGCGGUGAAACCAUGGAAAAAAAUUGAGUUUUUUGUUUUAUUGUUGUUGUAGAUUGAAUAUAGUAGAGAAAUAAGAAAAACCCAAAUGAGUAAGAUGGAGGUCGCGGUGGAUUGCGAGUGCUUGGAUGAAAAGAAAGUGUAAUAAAGAGGGGGGAAAAAGUCUAGGAAGGGAUACUAGCUGAAUUUUUUAGAGUUUUGUAUUAUUUAGUAAAUAUUUUUUGGGGGCUCUGUUUAUAGCUGAAUUAGGCUUAUCCACAUGGCUCUAACGGAGGAGGAUCCAAAAUCCAAGAUGAUGGGUCGACUCAUUGACUCAGUGAAGGGGAUUUGUGGGUUACCUGAAUGUAAAAAUAUGUGCAGGAAGAUGCAUGGGAAUUUGAUUCGUAGAAUCAAGCUCUUGAGCCCUUUGUUUGAGGAGUUAAGAGAUAGCAAUGAAGAGCUAGGCGAAGAAGCAAUUAAUGGCUUUGAGUUAUUGAGAAUUGCUUUAGAUUCGGCCAUGGGACUUCUCAAAUCGGCCAAUGAGGGAAGCAAGUUGUAUCAGGCCAUGCAAAGGGACAAGUUAGCACAUAAGUUUUGCCAAAUUACGGAACAAAUUGAAGCAGCAUUAAGUGAGAUUCCUUAUGAUAAACUUGAUUUAUCAGAGGAAGUUCAAGAACAGAUUGAACUUGUGCAUGCUCAACUCAGAAGGGCUAAAGAAAGACCAGACUCCCCUGAUUCACAACUAGACCUUGAUUUAGCCUUAGCACAGAGAGAAAAAGACCCUGAUCCUGCAGUAUUGAAGAGGCUUUCUGAAAAGCUGGAACUCAAGACUAUCAGUGAUUUAAAGAAAGAGUCUCUUGCUUUCCAUGAGUUGGUUAUCUCAAGUGAUGGUGAUCCAGGAGACUGGUUGCAGAAGGUGUCAUCCAUCCUCAAGAAAUUAAAAGAUUAUGUUCAAAUGGAAAACCCUGAAGCUGAUAAUUCUGAGUCCGAAAAUGGUUUAAUUAAGCACCGUUCUCCUGUUAUUCCGGAUGAUUUCCGCUGCCCAAUAUCUCUAGAACUGAUGAAAGAUCCAGUGAUAGUCUCUACUGGGCAGACCUAUGAAAGAUUAUGCAUCCAAAAAUGGCUGGAUGCAGGACACAAGACUUGCCCAAAAACACAACAGACUCUGUCGCAUACUGCACUAACACCUAACUAUGUUUUGAAGAGUUUGAUUGCUUUGUGGUGUGAAAACAAUGGUGUUGAGCUGCCGAAACACCAAGGGUCUUGUAGAAACAAAAAAGUUGGAAGCAGUGUUUCUGACUGUGAUCGAAUUGCUAUUGUUGCCUUGUUAGAGAAAUUGGCAAAUGGGAAUCUAGAACAACAAAGAGCAGCUGCUGGAGAGCUUCGUUUACUGGCGAAGAGGAACGCGGAUAACAGAGUAUGCAUUGCAGAAGCAGGAGCCAUUCCACUUCUUGUAGAGCUUUUAUCCUCCACAGAUCCUCGUACACAAGAGCAUGCUGUUACAGCGCUUUUAAACCUUUCCAUAAAUGAUAGUAACAAGGGAACCAUUGUUAAAGUGGGAGCUAUACCUGAUAUAGUAGACGUGUUAAGAAAUGGAAGCAUGGAGGCAAGGGAAAAUGCAGCUGCAACCCUUUUCAGUUUAUCCGUUAUUGAUGAGAAUAAGGUGUCAAUAGGAGCAGCUGGGGCCAUCCCAGCACUUAUAGAUUUGCUCCGCGAGGGGACUCCAAGAGGAAAGAAGGAUGCUGCCACUGCUAUUUUUAAUCUUUCAAUUUAUCAGGGAAACAAGGCAAGAGCUGUAAGGGCUGGUAUUGUGCCACCUCUGAUGCAGUUGCUCAAGGAUGCUGGAGGUGGAAUGGUUGACGAGGCAUUGGCAAUUCUUGCUAUUCUUGCAAGCCAUCAAGAAGGGAAGGUAGCAAUUGGACAGGCUGAGCCAAUUCCUGUUCUGAUGGAGGUCAUUAGGACCGGUUCUCCACGCAACCGUGAGAAUGCUGCAGCUGUCCUGUGGUCACUAUGUGCUGGUGAUUCACAGCAGUUGAAGUUAGCAAAGGAGUGUGGUGCAGAAGAAGCACUAAAGGAACUGUCAGACAAUGGCACUGAUAGGGCCAAGAGAAAAGCUGGAAGCUUAUUAGAGCUCAUUCAACGAGAUGAUGGGGUGGUUAAUCAAAGUUGUCUCUGAAUUGUGCAGCCAUGCAUCAGAAAGUUGCUAAGAAAAAACCAUAUCUGGUUAAGCUAUCUGUGAAUUAAUGUCUUUACUAUUUUUAAAUAUGUAUAGAUCACUGCUGGAAAGGGUGAAUGAUGGGACUGGGUAUAUUGGCAGCUUCGGUGCAUUAGACCCAUGGACAUCAAUUGUUUAACAUUAGGUAUGGGCUAUUGGAGAGUUCCAAAAAAUGAGUUAAUAAUCAUCAGUGGUGAUUGAGCAGUUCUAAAUUGGUUACGCACUUGGUGGUGGUGAGACUUGGUCUGUUUCAGGUGCAUUAUCUCAUCAAUGAUCUCACAAUUUGGUACACUUAAUGUAAAAGUUGAAGGAGGUUCAUACAGAGAGGAGGUAAGCAAUUCUUCUUGUUCCAAUCUGGUGGUGUAUAAACUUGAAAAAGUCUUGUAAGCAUAUUAUAUUCGUAUAAUUAAAAUGAUGUAUUUUUAGAA